GCAGGACGCUCCUGACGGGGACUCAAUCAUGCUGCUGGAGCCUCGUCCCUUCAGGCCCUUCAAAACCUCUGAAGAGUACCUUUACGCCAUGAGGGAAGACUUGGCCGAGUGGCUCAAGAACCUUUACCAGCUCGACAUCAAUGUGGACAACUUCUUCGAGAUUCUCGAGACAGGAGAAGUUCUCUGCGGGCACGCCAACAACGUGCGGCGCCUGGCGGAGGAGCAGCGCCAGCAGGGGCCUGCACCCGGAGGGCCCCGCAGGCGGCGGCCGCAGGUUCUCGUCCAAGUGGGAGAUCCCGCAGUACGACGUGGUCUACCGCACCGACGUGGCGCCGGGCUCCUUCUUCGCCAGGGACAACGUGCACAACUUCAUCGCCUGGUGUCGCGACCUCGGGAUCUACGAGGUGCUGCUCUUCGAGACGGACGACCUCGUCAUGAGGAAGAACGAGAAGCACGUCAUCCUCUCGCUGCUGGAAGUGGCUCGGCGGGGCGCCCG